AGUGCACGAUUUUCUAAUUGAGAAAAAACGCCGAAACAACGGACGCUCAAAGAAGAACAGAGGACAUCCUGGUAACGUAAGAUGCGACAACUGCGCACGAAUGGUCCCAAAAGACAAAGGCAUAGUGAAAUACCAGGUUAAGAAUCUUAUCGAUGCGGCUGCUGCAGAUGAUAUCAGGGUAGCAAGCAUUUACGAGACGUACGAGGUGCCAAAGACCUAUGUUAAACUGCAAUAUUGUGUGAGCUGUGCUGUUCAUAGCAGGCUUGUCAGGGUUAGAAGCCAUUGGGAGAGGAAGAUCAGGGGGAAGGUUAAUUAAAUUUUUACUCGGAUACAGGGUGCUG